AUGGGCAGAGGGCUCUCCAGGCAGGUCCGGCCGGAGCCGCCCCCCACAGAUGCCCCUCCGACCCAGGCCCCUCCGCGCGCUCCCCUUGGGACGGCCCUGGUGACAUGGCUCAGGAAUGCCUGGAUGAGGCGCCCACAUUUCCGCCACGUGGGCCCCGAAAACACAGAGGAGGUUCCUGUGGCUCUUCCAAGCUCUUCGGAGCCACAAGGAACCCGCGCGGAGGAGCCCUCUCUCCGGACAUGCUUCAUCCAAGUACUGCCAGCAUUUGAGUUUCUGGGGAGAGAGGACCCCCCCUUGGAGUCUAGCAGCCUGGUGGCCAUCUGCGAGACUUCAGAGAGCAGCUUCAUAUCGGAGAGAAUCCCAACUCCUCCACAGAAAGAACUAUCCAGGGAGUUGGGCUCCAAAGAAGUUGGUGUUCCUUCGGAGCUGUUCGUGCAGGAGGGGGCGGCCCAGGACCUCGAAAAUGAGAGUGUCGAUGAGCCCCCUGAGAAGACAUCAAGGGACCCCGAAGAGGCAACAUUAGCUGAUAUCCCCAGCCUGGAGGAUGAGGUGUGGGACCCUCUCCCCAGUUCAAGCAGCUCCCUGGGCCACGAGGAAGGGGAAGAUCUGGCCCUGAAGCCUCGGAGAUGGUCCUCCAUGGACCUAGAGCAGGCGCAAGAACACCUUCACCGUCUGUGCCAGCUCCUCUGCAGUCCCUCCUCUGCAGAGGCCAUGCCGGCCGUGGAUUACGUGGCCCGCAAACAUCUCAAGAUGGCCACGGACCACUAUCUGGAGUCCAAUGGGAGGGAGUGUGGUGAAUUGAUGUGCACCGUUCUCAAUUCACCUUACUGCUCCGUGGAGGCGGCGCUCGACCUGUUCCUGGCCAAGGUGAAGGAGGGCCCUUGGCUGGCCGAGGAGGGCAAGGAACAGGGGAGCUCCACUUUGGAUGCGGCCACAGCAAGAGCGACGCUGGCCAUCGGGAAGAUCGUGAGAUACAUCAAGGACAGCACUCGUCUGCAGGGGUGGUUCCUGGAGCUUCUGCUCGCCUUGGUGACUAACUACAUCGAGGUCACAAGGCCUGGGUUGGAGGCGCCCAGCAGGGACCAGAGCAGCAUCUACGUUCCUCAAGAAGAACUGGCGAAGAUAAUCAUCGUGCUGCUGAAGAGGGUGGCCCGGGUGUCUUUCAAGGAGACCUCCAAGGAGAUGCUAGAAGACCUCAGCAUCUGCCCUGAGGGAAUGGCCCUCCUGUUGCGGAGCUUCCUCAAGUCCUCCUCCUCCCUGCUCCAGCACCUGUAUUCCACUUGGGAAACAGAAGCGCCGCUGGAGCAUUCGGCCGGAGUGGUGGCCUUCUAUAUCCAGCUGCUGCACACUGGCCAGCGCCCACACUCCCCGGAGAAGACCUGGGCACUGCUCACGGCCUGGCUCCAACAUCACAGCCUGGCCGUACAACAUCAGAGCAGGCAGGGCCUUCUCCUUCUGUGCAAGACCUACAGGGAGACCAUGAGGCUCCAGGAGCUCCUGGACGGGGUCCUUGGGGGGCUGCAAUCCCCCCACAUCAACGUCGUGCUGGAGUUCCUGGGCCUGGCUGGCCAGCUGGGGCCCCUGCUGCACAAAGAAGACCAGGGCCCUGCGAAGGCUCACCUGGCUGCCGGAUGCCGCCCUCUCUUCCACCACGAGGCGGCCAAGAUCAGGAAGGCAGCCCUGGAAUGCUUUCAGCGUUUUCUCUGGCGCCCGGAACAUCAACAUGAGGAGCACAACACCAUCCACGACCUCCUUACGGUGCUGGUUCACGUGGAGGAUGAGGACGAGGAGGUGGCCAAGACUGCGAGAGAGACCCUCAGGGAGGCAGCGGAGGUCCUCCGAUGGCACCUGGAGGACAGCGUUCUGGCGGGAGACACCUUCAGCCUGCAGGAGCUGCUUUACAAGAUCUCCAAGCGCCUGAUCCAGCACUGCAGCUCCAGGAGUGAGUUGGAGGAGCAGGUGUAUGGCUGCCUGCCUUUUUUCAAGAGCAAGCUUCCCUCGGCCAAAAAGGCAGCGGCCAUGUUGCUCGGUCAUGUGCUUCACAAGAACAGUAACAUCUGCACUGAGAGGAACACCUGCACCUACGAGGCCUGGUUGAUCGAUCUCCUCACCGACCAUGACCCUGAAGUCAGGAGAGUUGGCUGGCAGACCAAGGCCAUCCUCACCAGGGCCUCUGCCCUCCACUCCCGACACGGGCUGCGAGCUGCUUUUCGGCGCUUGGUGGCAGGCUGCGGGCGAGAAAGGAACACCACCAUCUCCCGGCGUGUUACAGGAAGACCUCCGCUUCGCUCCAGCUGUGCCGCAGCCCCAAAGGGAAGUAGCGUUAAGGAGGCGGGAGUCUGCCCAACCCUAGCCCAGGGAAUCCCCGCCCCUUUCCAGAAGGCCUGCCCCCACUCUGGGCCCCAUUGCCACCAGAGGCCCUUGGAGCAGAGCAGAAAAGGAAGACUGCUUGGGCCCCCUCAGGCCCCUCUGUUGAGCUCAGUUCUGUUCUGUGGGGGAUUGGGGGACCUGGAGGGCCUUCACGGAUGGAGGACGCCAAGGGACAGUGACCCCUCGAGGGACCUGAACAUCGAGGGACAUGAACAUCAAAGGACCCUGACCAGCGAGGGAGUCUGA